AGUCGGCAGGGCGGCGGGCAUGUAGCCCUCAGCGGUGCCCUCAGGACCCCGAAGCGGAUGCAGGCUGCCCGGCACGGCGCCCGCAGGACCCCGGCGCCUACCCAUGCCGAGGUGAGUCCGCGGGAGUCGCCGCUGUCGCCGUCCCGUCCCCGCCGCCGCCCCGCGCGGCCCCGCCGCCGGCCAGGAUGUUGGAGGAAGCGGGCGAGGUGCUGGAGAACAUGCUGAAGGCGUCGUGCCUGCCACUUGGCUUCAUCGUUUUCCUGCCCGCCGUGCUGCUGCUCGUGGCGCCGCCGCUGCCAGCCGCCGACGCGGCGCACGAGUUUACCGUGUACCGCAUGCAGCAGUACGACCUGCAGGGACAGCCCUAUGGCACUCGGAACGCGGUGCUUAACACGGAGGCGCGCACCAUCGACGCGGACGUGCUGAGCAGGCGCUGCGUGCUCAUGCGGCUGCUGGACUUCUCGUAUGAGCGCUACCAGCGCGCCCUGCGCCAGUCCGCGGGCGCCGUGGUCAUCAUCCUGCCGCGGGCCAUGGCCGCCGUGCCGCAGGACGUCGUCCGGCAAUUCAUGGAGAUCGAGCCCGAGAUGCUGGCCAUGGAGACCAUUGUCCCCGUGUACUUUGCGGUGGAGGAUGACGCCCUGCUGUCCAUCUACGAACAGACGCAGGCUGCCUCCGCCUCCCAGGGCUCCGCCUCCGCUGCUGAAGUGCUGCUCCACACCGCCACCGCCAAUGGCUUCCAGAUGGUUACCAGCGGCGUCCAGAGCAAGGCCGUGAGUGACUGGCUCAUCACCAGUGUGGAGGGGCGACUGACCGGGCUGGGUGGAGAGGACCUGCCCACCAUCGUCAUCGUGGCUCACUACGACGCUUUCGGGGUGGCCCCGUGGCUGUCACACGGGGCAGACUCCAACGGAAGUGGCAUCUCUGUGCUCCUGGAGCUUGCCCGCCUCUUCUCCAGGCUCUACACCUACAAGCGCACCCAUGCUGCGUACAAUCUCCUGUUCUUUGCUUCCGGAGGAGGAAAGUUUAACUACCAGGGCACCAAGCGCUGGCUGGAAGACAACCUGGACCACACAGAUUCCAGCCUGCUCCAGGACAACGUGGCCUUUGUCCUCUGCCUGGACACCGUGGGCCGGGGGGAUAGUCUGCACCUGCACGUGUCCAAGCCACCCAGGGAGGGGACGCUGCAGCAUGCCUUCCUACGGGAGCUUGAGAUGGUGGCCGCCCACCAGUUCCCAGAGGUGCGGUUCUCCAUGGUGCACAAGAAGAUCAACCUGGCGGAAGAUAUCCUGGCCUGGGAGCAUGAGCGUUUCGCCAUCCGCCGGCUGCCUGCCUUCACCCUCUCCCACCUGGAGAGCCACCGUGAUGGCCAGCGCAGCAGCAUCAUGGAUGUGCGGUCCCGGGUUGACUCUAAAACCCUGACGCGAAACACAAGGCUCAUUGCCGAGGCCCUGACCCGCGUCAUCUACAACCUGACAGAGAAGGGGACUCCCCCGGACAUGCCGGUCUUCACGGAGCAGAUGGUAAUGGCUGGGCAGGCGGGUGUGGGGAGUUGGGGGCAGGGGGGCAGGGGUCCCGUGACCACGGCCGCGUUCCCGCAGCAGAUCCAGCAGGAGCAGCUGGACUCCGUGAUGGACUGGCUCACCACCCAGCCAAGGGCCGCCCAGCUGGUGGACAAGGACGGCACGUUCCUCAGCACGCUGGAGCACCACCUGGGCCGAUACCUGAAGGAGGUGAAGCAGCACCACAUCAAGGCCGACAAGCGGGACCCUGAGUUUGUCUUCUACGACCAGCUGAAGCAGGUGAUGAAUGCCUACAGGGUCAAGCCGGCCAUCUUCGACCUGCUCCUGGCCGUCUGCAUCGGUGCCUACCUCGGGAUGGCCUACACGGCAGUCCAGGUCGUCAGGACUGCCGAGCUCAGGCUGGUUGUGGGACGCAGCCGGACGAUCAGAAAUAAAGCCAUAUCGAACGACUGCCUCGGGUGUCCUGUUGGGGCUGGGGCCUCAGGGUGUGACCUUACCCACCUCAUGGUGGUUUGUGUUCCCCGGUGGGGGAGCUCUGAAACCCAAGGUCAGCGUCCUUCCUGCCCCCAGCUGGGACCCCCCGACACAUGCCACUGCAAAAUGGGUGUGAAAACCAGCUCAUGAGGUGCUGGAACAGUGGGGCGUAUUCAUUUCCUUGGGCAGGGCCACGGAACCGUAAACUCAGUGUCAAAACGGCAGCAGUGUAUCAUUUCCCAGCUCUGGAGGCCGAGGGAGAGGGUCCCAAGUCUUUCUCAGCUUCUGGCCUUCACUGGUUCCCAUCCAGUCUUUGCCUCCAUCUUCACGUGGCCGUCCUUUCCAUGUCUUCUAAGGAUGGACCUUUGGGUUUAGGGCCCACCCUACUCCAGCACGGCCUCUCGCCGACUAAUUGCAUCUGCAAAGGCCCUAUUUCCACCUAUGUCCACAUUCUGAAGUUCUGUGUGGACAUGAGCUUGGAAGGACACCAUUUGCCCCAAUACCAAUAUGGGGUGCCGUGGCUUUUUGAGUGCCAGGCCUACCCCAAGCCCCAAACCUGGCUCAGGGAGAUCCAGGCUGGGCCAGGGUCCCAGGAUGCCCUGUGCUGCUCAGCAUGGCCUGGGAGCUCCCAAGGAUCGGCAGGGCAGACCCCGGUCUGGAGCUUAUCCCUCAGCUGCUACCUGGUCCGCCUAGUUCCGAUUCAUUCCACAUUCAUUGGGUGUCACACAGCGUCAGGCUAGAGAGGUGUGUUGGGGGUGGUGGUCAGCCUUGAACUGAGUCCCUGCUCUCAGGAACUUGGAUUCUCGGGGGUGGAGAGGACACGCAAAGUACAGAGGUGUGCAUUGCAGAGGGACUAAGCCACUGGGAGGCAAGUGGUACUGAGGGUGCAGUUGGGUCAGGGCUGUGGUGGAGCCAAGGAAGGGGGCGGUGAGAUCCUUUACACCGGAAGGCUAUGGGCAGAGAAGGGCAGGGCCUGAGUUGUAUGCUUGUGGGCGCCCUCUGGUGGCUGCUCUGGGGAGCGUCUAGUAGGUGUGUGGGCCGGAGGGGGCGCUGCUGAGGUGUUCUUAGUGACUCCUGUGGUCAGGGUCAGGGUCACUGCCACCUCCUCAGACCCUCCCUCCCCCUCCCAGGCUGGAAGGUGGCUCUAUCCCCAGCACGGACUCAGGUAAAACUGCAUUUCAGGGAGAAAGCCAGCCCCCUCGUCCCGUUCUGAUAGGGACCAGUUUUACUUUUUCACAAAAAUAUUCUAUUGACUGUAACCAAGAAAACGAAAACAACAGCAGUGCUGGGUGCUGGCUGGCACAGAUGGCUGCCAUCUACAUGCUUGUGUUUUCUCAUCCUGCUCCCCCAGGUGUGUGGGUGCGUGUACAGGUAUGUAAAUGAAAUCUCAUUCUGGAAAUAAUAUCCAUGUACAAAAAUGGUUUAAGUGUUUCUCUCUGUAGGCUCAGUGGACAUGCAGUGAGGGGCACGCAAGGCCAUUGCCACAUUCAGGGGAUGACAGGUGCUCCAGGCUUCCCUUUUGCAACCCCUCCCUGCACCCUCCUUGUCCCCAGGAGCCCACUGAUCACGCCACUGCAGAUUAGUGUCAUUCAACUAUGAAGUCAACCAGUAUUUCCCCCCACCAAGCGCCAGGUACUGCAUUGGGCUUGGGGAUGCAGCUGCCAGUGAGAGGCCCUGGGGCUUGUGGUCUACUGGGGAAGACGGGUAAUGAAAAAUAACCUGCGGUGGACUGUGAGGGGGCUUUUGAGUGAAAUUGGUGUGACAGGAAGGGCUAAGCCGUGUGGAAAUCCAGGACGAUGGUCCAGGCAGAAGGCACAGCCUGUGCAAAGGCCCUGGGGCCGAAUCUGGCCUGGUGUGUUGCAGGAACAGUGAGAAGGUCCCUGUGUGUGGAGCUGAGAGUGGGGAGUGGGGGGAGGGCAAGAGAGGCUCCAGGGCUUUGGUUGGUGUUUUUCAUUCUGCUCUCAGUGUGAUGGGGAGCUCUGGGGAGGGGUGGGCCAAGGAGUGGAGGGCCUUGGAGAGGCCGUUGGCUCCUGAAGGCUGGUUAUGAAAUUGACCCUGCUCUGUACCAUGAGCAUCCCGCUGGGUCCCCAUCAACCCUGGGUAAGAGUACCCUAGGGAGGACAUUGCACCCCCCCCCCAGUUGAGACCCCAAGGGAGUCACAUCUGGUGGCCUCAGUCUCUUCCCGAGAGUUUUGAAAGCUAUACAACAAACAUCUUGUGAAAGCACCUCAGUCUGCCCCUUUUGCACAGGAGCAUCAUUCAUGGUCUGUAACUCUCUCAUUCUUUUAAAACUGUUUACACGCAUGUUUUUGAAUUCAUGGACAAUAUUCAUCAUUGCUUGGUAUGUGACCUACACAUAUUUUGUGGAUGGCAUCAUACUGUCCUCUUGAUUAACCCUUGCUUUGGUAUCUUUCACUCACAUGCACAAACUCCUUUCUCCUGCUGUGUUCUAUUCUGUUCUCAGAAGGUGCCACAGUUUACCCACCUGGUGCCCUGCUAAUGAAUAGACACACCAUCGCAAGCCUCAUAGGUGCCUCUUGGUACACUGGGAGGGAGUGCGUUUAACCAGAGGUCAGCAAACUGCAAUCUGUGGCUGAGUCUGGCCCACUGGCCAUCUUUGUAAAUAAAGCUUUAUUGACACCCAGCUGUGGCCACCGCCCCCUCCCACCACUGCCAACUGUGUUUUUUCACUGCAGGGCCCGCAAACCCCCAGUGCUUACCCUCCCGGCUCUUUCCAGGAAAAGUCCGUGGUCCCCAAGCUGCCCUCUGAUUUCUGUCCAUUCUCAUCAUGGGAAACCUCAGGCUGCUGCCAGAACAGAGUGGCUCUGUGGUCCUUUUGCACGGGACACAUUUCCAUCUCAGUUCUGAGAGUCACUGAUGGUUUUAAUCACCCUUUGACCCACAGAAGGUCCAGAGGAAGUCUGAGCCAGGGGAGUCCGAUAGAGGAACUGUGGUUCCAAGGGGCAGGGGAAGCUUCUCCACCCAUGGUUGGGACGCUCAGGGCAUCCCAGUCCACGCCCAGUGCCACCUGAGGAUGUAGGACCGAGGCCGAGGGAAGAGAGGAGAGGUGCUCACAGCCAGGGCCAGGCAGAUGGUCUUAGCCGGGCCUGGGGCCAGCCCACAUGUGUGGUUCUGAAGGGGGAGAUCCAGCUCGUUGCCCAGUGCUUUUGCUUUCUCCUUGUUUGCUUGGUUUUUUUUUUUUUUUUCUUUCUUUCUUUCUGUUUUCUGAGUUUUUAUUCUGACAUAAUUUCAGAUUUCCAGAAAAGCCCUAGGAAUAAUACAAAGAGCCUCCAACCCCUUCAUCUAUUUUGUGUGUGUUACCACACUGGCGUUCUCCAUGUCUCUCUCUCUCCCUGUGUAUCUGUCUCUCCCUGUCUCUCCACCCCUUCACUCCUAAAUCCAUCAAAGUGUCUUUCCUUAAACCCAGGGCAUUCUCCCUCCUCACCGGACAGUCAGGGCAUGGGCACCGAUAGGAUACUGUUAAAGAGUUACAGACUUUACCUAGAUGUUGGCCAUUGUCCCCAGCAGUGAAGAAUAUUCCAGAUCAGGCACUGCAUCCUGGUUCCUGUCUAGCCACCUUUACCCUGGAAUGCCACGCCCUUGACAUUUUGGAUGCAUCCUGGCCAGGUUUCUGUGGACAGCCCCUCUCCGGGCUCUCGGGGCCUUUCACGGGCCUGGGUUGGGCUUGUGCGUUGGGGUGGGAGUAGCCGUCAUGGAGUGAAGAGAGGGCAUCGCUCCUGACCUCGGGGUGAUGUCGUUUCUCUCGGACAUCUCAUGGGAGAGUCGCUGUUUCCCCCCUUGUGAUUCAUAAGCAAGUUGCAGGUGAUCCUUUAGUCUCUGCAAACCCUCCUCCUCCUCUAUUGGCAGCGCCCAUUGACCAUUCCUGCCCGAAAUGCCAAACGGACUUUCCUUCCAUCCCUCCUCCCAAAGGUCCUCGUCGAAAGCAUCACAUACCUGCAUUAAUCUCCAAUUUACAGAGGACGAGAGGGAAAUCCAGGCAAAUGAAGUGUCUUGCCUUGGGGUCUUGUGGCAGAAGGGCACAGUUGGCUUUCAGUUUUCUGUAUUAAAAAAAAAAAAAAAAAAGCCUCAUU